GCCCCGGCCCGUGGUGCACCGCGGCGCCAAGAUGGCGGCGCCCAGGGAGGGCCGGCCGGGCCGCGGCGCAUCGUCGUUCCCGGGCACCGAGAACGGUUCUUUCGCCUUCCCCUUCGCCGUCCCGCACGGCGCUGCGGGCUCCGGGGCGGAGGAGCCGUCCAAGAAGCCGUGCCGAGCUUGCACGGAUUUCAAGAGCUGGCUCCGCGAGCAGAGGAAGCGGGCGGCUCCGGGCGGCGGGGACUCGACGACGGUCGUGGAGGAGAAAGAGCCGCCGCCGGACUGUCCCCUGGACAGCGAGCAGCUGGGCCGCAACACCUGGGCAUUCCUGCACACCAUGGCAGCCUACUACCCCGACCACCCCACCGGUGCCCAGCAGAAGGAGAUGAGGGAGUUCAUCAACCUUUUCUCUAAGUUUUACCCCUGUGAGCACUGUGCUGAGGAUCUGAGGGAAAGAUUACGUACAAAUCAGCCUGAUACUAGCAGCAGAAAUAACUUCUCCCAGUGGUUGUGUCUUCUUCAUAAUGAAGUGAACAGGAAACUGGGGAAAUCUGAAUUUGACUGCUCUCGUGUGGAUGAGCGCUGGCGAGAUGGUUGGAAGGAUGGUAGUUGUGAUUAAUCCGUAGAGACUGCUCUGGAAAUCUAACAGACCGAUUCAACCUGGUGUCGACUCACCGCAGGGAAAUGUGCGAGUCAAUAACUGUGUGUUUGCGUGCUUGUGCGUGUGACUGAUACGGCUUGUGGAAAUAAAGGUAAACCAGUUCUAAAAGUAAAUUUGAAAAUCUUAUCCUGAUAGUAUGUUGAUAAAUGAUUACAUAAAUGUGUUAUCUGAGGGAUUGAGGCCUUACGUUUGACCCAGGAAUUGCCAGAAAGUUGUGAAAUUAAGUGACUGACAAACUCAUGGAGACUUUUUCAUUUUGACAUUUCCUUAUUUUAGGGGCAUUUGCUUAUUUCUAUGACUAGAAUUCCUUUCCCCUGAACGUGGUUGUAGGGGGCUGCCCUGUGGCAUUUUACGUUUACCUGCAGGUAUUAUCCUGAUAUUUUAGAAAAUGCAUCUGAUGAAUUGUAAUUUUAAUUUCUGUUGUUCUGGUAGAGGAAACUCAUGCUGUGCUCUGUGCCAAGCCUGUACCCCUGGAUCUCUCUUUCCAAGAUCUCCAAUGCAUUUCUUUAAACUUGGAUCCAAUUCCUUUGAUAAAAGGCCUGAAGGCAGGUACAUUUUUAGUUUAAACACUAAAAUCAUAGAGCGUGGAUUUCUCAUUUUGUUUUUAUGUUUCAACUUAUCAUGUAAGAGGACAUUGUACAAAGGAAAACUAAAGCAGAACCGAAAAAACCCUUCAUCUGAUGAGUGGAAUGAAGUAUUAACUGGGUGAUGUUCAAAUGUUUUAAGUUGGUUGCUAAUUUUCUUUGGAUCCAGAAGUGCCAUGAUGGUGAGUUCACUGAACUGUUUGUUCUUAAACCAGAUAACAUCUUCAUCUCUGCUGUGAACUUUAGUCAGUUAUGGAAAUAGCUUGAGACUGAUAUCUGUAAUGAAGCAUAUUCAGCUUUGUUUACUGUAUGGUAUUUCUGAGAUGUCACUUGUGUUCUGAAACUCUUGACUGGUACUUGCUGACCUGGUUGAUUAUUCUGGUGUUAUCCCCUAGCUAAAAAAUGCUUGAGAACAAAAAGACUUUACAGGCCCCCUGCAGUAUUUGAGACCUGCUUAAGUCUGUGAUGUCAGCUUUACAUAGUAUUUAUUGCACAGGGGACUCAAAGGAGUCCCUAGGGUAGAUUCCCCCUCUCAAAACCAGUCAGAAUCCAUGCUAUAUGUAUUUGUUAGGUCAGCUAUACCGCAUCAGUGUAUUGAUACAUAAUUUUGAAUUUCAGAUUGAAGUGAAAUAGCAAAUUAUUUACACCAUAAUGCUUAGAAACAUGUCUCUUUAUAAGAAGAGACAGCUUAUAAAAAAAAAAAAAGGUCGAAACAAUUUCAAGUUCUUAAAAUAGUGAUAUCAUGCCCUUACUGCAUUUAUGGCUGUGAAAAGAUUGCAGGAGUUUGCACAAACCUUAACAAUAGUAAGCUUUUUCCUUCUGUGCUGAGGUUUUCCUGUGUGUGUCAGUGAGCUUCCUUAUUUCAUGCACUACACUACAUUUGUAAAUUUAAUCUUGCUGAUUGGGUAUUACCUGAAAUGUUAACAGUACUUUUAUAGAAGUAUUAGAGUGAUAACAGCUUGUAUCUAAGAACUUUGAUCUUCAAACCUGCCCGCAUGGGGCUCCUUAGUGUUCAGAAAAGUAUAAGAACUUUGGAAACACGUUUUAAUGUUUUAUGGCGUAUCCUAGUUCUUUCAGGUUGGACCUGAUGAAACUCUAUGAGGCAAACUUGAUGGACUGGUUAUUGAAGGUUUCUAUGUAGUAACGUUUCUAAACACAAACCCAAAGAAAGUGACCAAUAAGGUACUUCAUGAAGUGUGCAAUCUGAUUUAUGACUUGAAGGUAUCAUUCAGGUUAUUGAAAGUGCUCAGAAAACUUCCCUAUUAGCAUGUUGAGCUGCUUAGAACAAACAAAUUCCAGCCCUUGGUUUUUAGUAUUAAAGCCAAUCCCCCAAACGAAGCACACUGGUACCCACUAGUGGGGAAAGGACCAAGAAAAAGGCUGUAGCGCUCCCCCUCCCCCUUGUUAGGCCUGACAUAAAUUACCCAGCUCUGCCAGGAUGGCCUUAGCAGCUGGGGGUGUGGACAGGCUGGACUUGGUUGUGCUAAAGGAGGAAUUUACUGUUCUUCCUCUCCAAUCUGCCCUCCACUAUUCUCUGGCACAAUUUCAUUGCCCAUGGAGCAGGUGACGAGAUCUCUUCAUAAUUUCCUUCAGUGUAAAUGAGCAGGUUGGUAGAACACCUGUCUUAUCUGCAUACUGAAAAUGGGCCAGGUGGGUAAGCUGCACUUACUUGUCCAAGUGUGCUCGAUCUCCGCAGCUGAGUUCUGGGAUCGCUGCUGUCUUGUGCUGGCAAGCUGCUGGUAACCUUCCCCCAUACUGCAGCGUCCGUCCACGUCUUAAGGGUGUGAGAGGAAAAUAAAUGUGUAUCCUGUGCAAAAUCAGGGGGAGCAGCUGUGGCAACACAUUCUUGUCACCUUGUGUUGUUGGAGGAAGCGGAAGAGGGGUGCAGGAGAGAGAACCCCUUCUGCCAGCGGGUAGGGUUCUGCUGCCCUGGCAGUGGUGCCAGCAUCUUUAGUGGAUGCUUCCUAAUAACGAGGCCACCAGCUGCAGCUGCACGGAUGUUAUCAGGGCAGUUUGCAGCUUUGCUAAGUGGCCAUUUGGUAAAAUAUAUGCUUGCACUCUGCUCUCUCCUGUUUAUGGCUUUGCAGAAGAGCUUUGACUUAGAUGUUUCUCAGGCAUAUCUUAAUCUCUGUGGACUUGACUGUGCGGGGAAGGGGGUGGGGGUUUUUUGCUGCUCGUUUGUAUCACAUCUCGAGUUUUAAUCUUAUGUAAGGAAUUUCUAUUGAAGAUACUUGUAUUUGUGUACAGGCAAUUGUGAAAUCUCUUCUAAAUGCACUUGAUUAAAUCUAGUUUUAAAAAUAUCUGUAUUCAAAUUAUAUUUCCUGUUGAUGUGAAAAUAAUAAAGCAACUAAGUUCA